UAAAUUUAUCCCGAUUAAAACCAAUGUCGUCAGCACGGGACACGGGUUUACUAAUGUGUAAUUUAAUGUCGUGCCGUCAGUUCCACACGCACAGUACCUACCUACCAUACUCGUUACUCGACCGACGUUCGACGGUUUAUCAAUAAUUUAAUGAACAGUAUUAAAUCGUAAUUAUACGCCUACUAUACAUUCGAUAGGUAAUUAUUACAAUCUUAUUAGUGAUCCUUAUAUUUUUCUCCGUCUCUCAAGUCUCAACAUGGUCAGAACCAAGCAAUCGAUGAGCUAUAAGGUUUCCGCCGGGAGAAUACCUAAAAUAGCUGCGUGUAAAGCGGCGGUUGCUGGUGGCUGUAGUGUGUCGUCAUCGUCUGGUCAUAAAUCGUCGUCGUCACCGUCCACUUCUAAAAACAAAUACUCGGGUGGAAAUCCAGUGCACCCCAGAGAGAUUCCAGUUUGGCAAAAAGAGAUCACGUGUUUUUUCCAGGUGAAAAACGACGAACAAUCACGGCUGCUGUCGGCCAACGAGGAAGAUGAUGACGUCGUUGAAUUAUGCUCGCAAGAAACGGCGCAGAAGGGAUAGUCGAAAAUUUAGAACAGAACAAUGAGUUUAUUUUUAUUCUUACGAAUUUCAUAUUCUAAGUCUAGUCGAAAUUAUGUGUAACCAAGAUUUUGUACAUUAUGCUUUGAUAGUCUAUAUUUGCAAAGAGUUUAUUUUUCAACCGUAUUUUUUUAACCAUACGUCUUAUACCUUUUUUAUGUAUACAAUAUGAUU